AUGGGGAAAUGUCGUCUCCAAGUUCCUCUUGUUUUCAAUGUUAGAUGGACCAUUCAAGGUGAAGCUCAUUUUCUUAUUGCCCCCUCACCUCUGUCAUACAUUCCUUUUACUGCAACAGAGUUGACAGAUAAGAUGACUUUCUCUCAGAGGGUCAAGAAUGUUUUGAGCUAUAUACUUGGGAUGUACACACUAUCAUACGUCACAGAACCUCACUACAAACCAGUGGUUAUGAAGUACUUUGGCCCUGAUGUGGAUUACUCAACUUUUUUUCUCGAUGCUGAUAUAUGGCUUAUGAGAAAUUAUUUUAUCUUUGAAUUUCCACAUCCUACAAUGCCAAAUAUAAUCUACAUGGGUGGAUUUCAGUGCAAGCCCCCUAAGCCGCUCCCUGCCGACUUGGAGGAUUUUGUCCAGAGUUCUGGAGAUCAUGGGAUCAUUAUGAUGACAUUAGGAACUUUAGUCGAGAAUCUUCCUCCACAUGUUGCUGAGGAGAUUGCUGCAGCCUUUGCUCAACUGCCUCAGAAGGUUGUAUGGAGGUAUAAAGGACAAAGGCCAGCCAACCUGGGCAAUAACACAUUACUGGUCAACUGGCUACCACAGAACGACCUCUUAGGACAUCCCAAAACUAGAGUGUUUGUGGCCCACGGAGGCACUAACGGGGUUCAGGAGGCUAUUUACCACGGAGUUCCAAUAGUUGGACUUCCUUUAUUCUUCGAUCAGCCUGAUAACCUCUCCAGAAUCAGAGCAAAGGGAGGAGCUGUGAACAUAGAUAUUGCAAUGCUUCAUAGACACGUCUUUGGAAAUGCACUGAAGACAGUUCUUUACACUUCCUCUUACAGGGAAAACAUGCAGAAGCUCUCAAGGCUGCACAGAGAUCAGCCAAUGAAACCACUGGACAAGGCUGUGUUUUGGAUAGAAUAUGUUAUAAGACAUAAAGGAGCUCGUCAUCUGCAGGCACAGUCCAACAAAAUGUCCUGGUUUGUUUACAACUCUGUUGAUGUCAUUGCAGCUUUGCUGACAGUUGUUUUUCUUAUGACAUUCACCUGCAUUUUAAUUGUAAGGCUGUUGUGGAGAAUGAUUUUUGUUGGGACAAAAGUCAAACAUGAAUAAAAGGUUUUGUUUUGUGUAUGAAAUCCAAGCAAUACUGAAAAUAUGCUAGUGACUGUUUUGAUUCAUAAAGUAUGAAAAAUAAACUUUGCCUCUUGACAUGAUUAAGGCUUAUAA